UCUUCACAGAAACCUGAUGCUAGGUCUUAUUUACAAAGGGCUCUCGGGCUGAAUUUCUGACGCAGCCGUGGCACUUUGCCUUGACAGGUUCGCGUUUCCAACGCAGGGGUUGCGAAACCGACGGAGCAGCUGUCAGUCAAAGGACGUUUAAAUGGCAACACUGUAAAACAGAGCAAUACAUACUGUGCUGCUGUAAAUUCAAAACCGAUACAGUGUUCAUUUCUCGUACUGAUUUACUCGCUCCUGCGUUAGGCUUUAGUGGCUAUAUAGCUUUACACUGGAGCAGACUUGUUAAAGUGUGAUAUUAUUCGUUAACUAUUGUUUUUAUGCAUACACGAUAUUAAAAAAAAGAUGAUCGACGAAGAGGAAGAGCCGUUACAGAGAACCAAACGCAGGUUUGAGGAUUUCUGCAGAAACCUAAACAUGGACGAGGCCGCUAGCAGCGAUGCCUGGGUCAGCUACGAAAGCAUAAGCAAGAACUAUACCCUGGAGGGUAAUGAGCUGCACUGGCUGGCGUGUGCCUUGUAUGUUGCAUGCAGAAAGGCAGUCCCGACAGUAAGCAAGGGCACGGUUGAAGGGAACUAUGUGUCUUUAACUAGAAUCCUGCGCUUCUCUGAACAGAGCUUGAUUGAGUUUUUCAGUAAGAUGAGGAAAUGGGAAGACAUGGCGGGCCUGUCCCAGGAAUUCCGCGAGCGCACUGUGAAGCUGGAGCGAGACUUCACUGUAUCUGCAGCCCUUUUCAAGAAGUACCUCCCCAUAUUCCAGGACCUGUUCCGAGAUUCCCAAGAGGAUCCGCCCAGACAGCAGCGGAGCUGGAAACAAAGGCGUCAGCCCUGCACAGUGCCUGAACUUUUUAGCUUUUGCUGGAUCCUGUUUGUACAUGCUAAAGGGAACUUCCCUAUGAUCAGUGAUGACCUGGUGAACUCCUACCAUCUCCUGCUGUGUGCACUGGACCUGGUGUACAGGACCACUCUGCUCUGCACCAAUCGGAAGGAUCUGCUGAAUCCCAGCUUUAAAGGUCUCCCUGAAGACUCUCACAGUAAGGACUGUAAGGCUCCCUCAGAAGCUGUGUGCAUCAUUGAGCAGCUGUGCAGCCUGCAUGACGGCCUGGUGUUGGAGGCUAAAGGGAUUAAAGAGCACUUCUGGAAACCUUUCAUCAAAAAACUGUUUUAUAAAAAGAUUUUAAAGGGAAAGGAAGAAAAUCUUUCAGGGUUCUUAGAUCCAGGAAACUUUGGAGAUAGUUUCAAAGCUCUAAACCGGGCCUACGAGGACUAUGUGCUGUUGGUGGGGAGUUUAGAUGAGAGGAUAUUCCUGGGAGAAGAUGCCAAUGAGGAGAUAGGAACUCCAGGCACGUGCAAACACUCCACCAUGAACAUGGAGCCCAUGGAGCGCGCUCAGGGCAGACACGGCCUCCAGCCACAUCUCCACAAGUCCAAGGCCCUCCGAGUCUCAACACCACUUACCGGUCGCCGAUACAUAAAGGAGAGCAACGUUUCCCAAACUCCGGUUUCCACGGCAACGCAGAGCGUGGGCCGCCUGCACAGCAUCCUGACAGGACUGAAACAGGGGCCCAGUGAAACCCUGCUGCAGACUCUCAGAACGUGUUCAAGAGACCCCUCUCAGUCCAUCGCUGUCAGACUAAAGGAAAUGUUUGAAGUAUUCUGCCAACAUUGUGGCACUUCUAGUGAGGAGUAUUCAGGUCUUUCAAAAGAUAUUGCUGUGAAACGCUUCCGCCUGGCAGAAGUGCUUUACUAUAGAAUCCUGGAAGGGGUCAUUAAUCAAGAAAAGAAGAGGCUAGGGGACACAGACCUGUCUGGGAUCCUGGAGCAGGACGUAUUCCACAGGUCCCUCCUCGCCUGCUGCCUUGAGAUUGUCAUCUUCUCAUACCGCCCCCCGGGAGACUUCCCCUGGGUCAUUGAAAUCUUCGACCUGCCGCCAUAUCACUUCUAUAAGGUGAUUGAGGUCCUGAUCCGCACGGAGGACGGGCUCAUCAGAGAGGUGGUGAAGCACCUGAACCAGGUGGAGGAGCAGGUCCUGGAGAGCAUGGCCUGGAGACAGGAUUCCCCUCUGUGGGAGAGCAUGCGCGGGGUCAAGAACAGAGUGCCAGCCUGCGAAGAGGUGAUGCCAUCCCAGCAUUUUGAGAGUCCUGAGGGACCCGGUACCACCAGCACCCCUCUGACCCCCAGCAGGGUGAACAAGAUCCGUGCCGACUGUGCUGGGAAGGCCGCCUCCCCGUCUCCCGCGAGUCUGCAGGAGCGCUACAGUUCCCCCGCAGCAGGGACCGCCAGGAGGAAGCUCUUUGUGGACACUGACAGUAAUCCUGAAUCUGGAGGCCCAGUGAGAGUCUCUCAGCCACCCCUAGUGAACACAGUGCCAGUGCAGAGCAGGGCAGGCGACACCAUCUCCAUCACUCCAGUACUUGGGCAGACAGUGGUCACCAUGGCGACAGCUACCGUCACUGCCAACAAUGGGCAGACUAUGACAAUACCCGUACAAGGUAUAGCUAACGAGAAUGGAGGAAUCACCUUUAUUCCUGUCCAAGUGAGUGUGAGCGGGCAGCCCCAGCCCCUGAACGCUCAGACCCUGGCCGGCACUCUUACCACGCAGAAGAUCACAGGCUCCACCCUGCAGGUGGCUGGACCGGUGGUCCUCUCUACAGGACAGCAGCAGAAGAAAAGCCAACAGAGUCCGGCCAGCACCAAGCCCAGGAUGACCGGCUCCCUGUCGCUCUUCUUCAGGAAGGUUUACCAUUUGGCAAGCGUGCGCCUGAGGGACCUGUGUGCGAAGCUGGAUAUUUCAGACGAUCUGAGGAGAAAGAUCUGGACGUGCUUCGAGUUCUCCCUCGUCCACUGUACCGAGCUCAUGGUGGACCGCCAUUUGGACCAACUGCUUAUGUGCGCUAUAUACGUCAUGACGAAAGUGACAAAGGAGGACAAGUCGUUUCAGAAUAUCAUGAAGUGCUACAGGUCUCAGCCUCAGGCCAACAGCAGCGUAUACAGAAGCGUGUUGAUAAAAGGACGAAAGAGACGUAACUCUGGGAGCAGCGAUGGCAGUGUCCGUCAGAACUCUCCCAGAGGGGCAGGCAAGGACAAAACCAGUAGAGACUCGAGCCCCAUCCUCAUGCGCUCCAGCAGCACACUGCCAGUCCCCCAGCCCAGCAGUGCCCCCCCCACGCCCACCCGCCUCACCGGAGCCAACAGCGACAUAGAGGAGGAGGAGCGAGGAGACCUCAUCCAGUUCUACAACAACAUCUACAUCAAACAGAUCCGCGAGUUCGCACUGCGGUACACCCCCAAUGGCAACGUCGCAGCUGGGCAGGCAGAAGUUCCUCCCCUGUCUCCCUACCCCUCUCUACGCACCGGCUCCCCUCGGCGAGUCCUCCUGUCCCAGCACCACUCUGUGUACGUCUCUCCUCACAAGAACGGAGGAGGCCUGUCUCCCAGGGACAAGAUAUUCUACUACUUCAGCAGCAGCCCCUCCAAGAGGCUGCGAGAGAUCAACAGCAUGAUUAAAACUGGGGAGACCCCGACCAAGAAACGAGGCAUUUCAUUAGAGGACAGCAGGGAGUCUCCGGCGAAGAGGGUGUGCCAGGAGAACCACACUGCCUUGUUCCGCAGGCUGCAGGACGUGGCCAAUGACAGAGGCUCGCAGUAACGAGCUGCGGGGUUUGUCUGUAUAUAGACAUGCAUGAGAACAUGCUGUGGCAUCUGCUAGCUCGUUUGCAUUGCUGUCAAGUGCUAUGAAAAGCAAUCCAGAUUUGAAUCUCUCUCUCUCUAUGAUUGAAAUUCCCAUUGCAGUACUAGCAAUUAUAAUAGUCAGGUGGUGGUUUGCUCAAAGUAAAAUGUUUCCACCACCUUUGUGAGUGUAGUUAGUUUUAUCUGGCGUACUGACAACGCAGUGCAUCAUCACAGAGGAUACUUUAGUAAAGUAAUAACAUUUUAGUACUGUAUUUGUUUUUUUACACACACCACACACACACACACA